AUGGUCUUUUCCACCCUCGUCGGCGUUAUCAUACCCGCAGCUCUGGGGGCUACCCCGGUACAUCCGCCUAAUCGAGGAACACGAUGGGCUUUGUUCUAUCUGACAUCGUUGUCGGGUGUAUCGGCUGGUGCGACGUGGACCUUUGUGAACGAGACAAGCCGAGAUGACCCCGAGAAACGCGCAUACGUCGGAGCCAUGAUGAACGCCUUCGCCUACAUCUUCACAGCUUGGAUCCCCAUCUUCACCUUCCCAACCUCAAAACAACCAUACGUCGCGCAUGGGAUGUUUGCGACCUCGGGCUUUGCCGCAGUGGCGUUGUUGACGGCGUUGGCUAUUGGGUGGAUGCAUCAUAGGGAUUUGAGGAAGGCUGCUAGACUGGGAGAGCAGGGCGCGGGGGAGAGGGGGGGAGAAGUGAGUAGAGUUGGGGCAGAGAAGGAGGAUGACGGGGAUGGGAGUGAGAAGGGCGAUGCGUCUAGGAAAACGCCAGUCUUGGAGAUGAUCUAG